CUCUUCAUCCAUUUCGUUGAGUGAGAGAACGUUUCUUUUCUUUCAUUUCGGAACGAAUCUCUGGGGAAGCGAUGAUCGUCACAUACAAGAAUAAUCGGCUUAUGCCGGCCAUUCUCAUUACGGUAUGUUUCUGGGCAGCAUAUUUCCUCAUUGACCCGAGCGUGGACAACUUCGGCGGUGGGCUUCCGGGAUGGGGAUCCAAACAGGACGGGCAGACCCAAACAUCCGAAUCCACACCGUACUGGGAGACAACCACGGUAACUCCGGGCUCAACCUCACCAACAAAUGACGCAACGUCCCCAACAGUGUCCCCGGGCGGCUUUCAGACCACGCAGCCUGACUCGAGCGGGAACUUGUCAGCGGCGGAUGUGCUCUUGAUCGUCAAGACUGGGAGCACGUCCAUGUGGAAACGCUUGCUUGUUCAUCUGACGACGACCCUGUCCCCUCGCCGGAUUCCGCUCGAUAACACGGUUAUUUACUCUGACUACCCGGAAACGAUUGGCGACGUUCAAAUCAUCGACGUCUUGGCAAACAUCACCGAGACAACCCAGGCCCUGUCCGACUUUGAUGUAUACCGGCAGCAGCCCGAAUAUGCGGGCCAUAAUGUGUAUGUGGAGGCCGCAGGAGUCGACGGCGACAAUUAUGGUCCGCCCGGGGGAUGGAUCAUCGACAAAUACAAGUUUAUGCCCUUGAUGGAGCAUGCCGGAAAGAACUGGCCCGAGGCAAAGUGGUAUAUCUACAUGGAGGACGACGCCUACCUUUUCCUGCCCAACGUGCUGGCGUACCUGUCAAAGUUCGACUGGCGUAAGCCACAUUACCUUGGGAGCUACGCUGCCAAGUCCGACAUCGUCUUUGCUCAUGGCGGCGCUGGGUUCGCGCUUUCUCGGGGGGCCUGGGAGCGAACGUUUGGGCGGAAUCCGACUCUGUCUGCGGACUACGAGCCGUACGCGGCUGCCCACUGUUGUGGUGACCAGGUACUGGGACAUGCCUUGAACAAACACGGGGUGCUGUUUGGGGAAAACGACGGCGACGAGAAGUUCACGUGGGGCUUCAACCCUGUUGUGCAUUGGCGGUUUGGCUUCAGCCGGUGGAACUGGUGCAGUCCCCUUAUGUCCUGGCACAAGGUUCACAAUCGGGAUGUUGCGCGAUAUUUCGCCUUUGAAAGUUCCUGGGACUUUACGAAACCGCUGCUCCACCGCGACUUUUUCAUGGGCAUGAUCUUUCCGGACCUUCAGGAACGGGCUGAGUGGUGGGAUAACCAGUCCGGCCUAUUCCGAGUCACGUCGGCAAACAAGGCGGCGCCUCCAACCCCUGAAGAUGGCCACGACACAGCGCUGUGGAAAGGCGCAUGGGUAUCGGCAGACGCGUGUGAAGCGGCCUGCAAAUCUUGGACUACAUGCGUCCAAUGGAGCUAUGUUGAAGAUUCGUGCGGCAUGGACGACAAGCUUAUGAUGGGUCAGGGCUACGCCCCUGCGAUGUCCGAACGAAAGACGGCACUGAAGACUACUAGCGGCUGGCUCAAGGAAAGGCUCGAGGGAUGGCAUUGCGACUGAUGCCUUACCUAUUCUCUUACUC